AUGACCUGGAAGGAUUGUAAGGAAUGGGCAAAUGUGGGACUUCGUUUGUCAACUACCAGCAAUGAAGCUGCAAAAAUGUAUGACGCCGCUGUGACACAGUACGUAAGUGGGUUUUCAGAAGACAGUGUUGGUGGAAUGGCUGGUGCCGUGGAUAAAAUGAGAGCGGCUGACCCUAAUUUCGUUCUCGGAUUAGCUGUGUCAAAUGGACUUAAAUUACUUGGUACGAUGACAUCAACCUGGAAUAACGCUGAGCUAAAACACGACAUUGAAUCAAUGGUACAAAUAGCAAAGAACAAUAAUAUUCUGACAUGGAAAGAAAAGUUACACGUUAACGCAGUUAAACUGUUUUCGGAAGGCUAUCUCAGAGAGGCAAUCAACACGUGGGAAGAUAUUUUACUACGUCACCCGACCGAUGCCCUGGCUUUGCGAUUUGCUGUUGAUAGUUAUUUCUUCUGUGGCAAAAUGACACAAUACAGAGACUGCAUUGCGCGUGUUAAACCAUAUUGGGAAUCGAAAAAGGUCUCUCAAAGUAUGUAUGGGUAUUUGAAAAGUACAUACGCUUUUGGAUUAGAAGAAACAUAUCUUUUCAAUGAAGCAGAAACAGAGGCCCGCCAGGCAUUGGAGUUGAACGCGUGUGAUGGUUGGGCAACCCAUGUAAUAGCACAUGUAAUGGAAAUGCAGUGUAGAUAUGAUGAAGGUAUACACUAUUUGAAAACAUCAGUUAAUCAAUAUCAGGGUGAUUAUGCAUCUGCAUUGGACUUGUAUGACGAGAUCGCGACUUGUCGAUUAGGCUCUGGUACAAGAUUUGACAUCUUGGAUCUAGUGAUGCUUCUUCAACGACUAGAGUUCGAAGGUGUUGAUGUCGGAAAUAGAUGGAAGAAAGUCUAUAGUUUAUGUCAACCUCAUUUCAACGACCAUGCGCUAGUGUACAAUGACGUAUUGUAUAUGAUGGUUGCCCUGGGAGCAAAACAAGAUGAAGCCGCUGCCAAUUUUCUUCAAUCAAUAAAGCAUUUUGUAAGGAGUAAGAGAGAAGAUCAUACGAUAGCGAAAGCUUUCUCAGACGUUGGGAUAUCUAUUUGUGAAUCGUUGACUGCGUACCAUCAUGGUGAUUUUGCUGACGUUGUAGAUAUUCUUAACCCCAGAGACAUCUUCAGUAUAUUAUUAAUUCAGUCUGCAAUAAAAUCAACGCGCAGAGACCACCAACGUUUUGCUAGAAGUCUUCUAAAUGAACGGAAUGCAAUGAAGACGGGCUCACCAAUGACGGACAGGCUAUUGGAAAAAUUGAAUACAAUGGUACUUGCAGAAUAG